GUUAAACCAUUGCGCCGAACUCUUCCACACGUGUUGUUUCCAUGGUCGUCUGAGUUUUUUAAUAUCAGAGUGUGUCUGUGUUUGGGUGAAGUGUAAAUCAUCAGCAACCAAGAUGGGGAAGAAAGUCAAAGUCGGAAAGACCCGAAAAGAUAAAUUCUACCACCUCGCCAAAGAAACAGGUAGCGUGUCUCUCAUUGAUAAUAUAUAACAGCGUUAAGACCUCUAGUAGUUGGGAUAAGAUACUAGCUUUAACACCGCUGAUCUCCUUUCCACUUACUCUGUAACGUCGUCCUAGAAUUUGCCUUGAUCGUCAAUACUUUGUUGUGAACAUCUGUGUGUUUUUUCCUCCAGGUUAUCGAUCUCGUUCCUCCUUCAAACUCAUCCAGCUCAACCGUAAAUUCCAGUUUCUACAGAAAGCCAGAGCUCUGGUGGACUUGUGUGCUGCUCCUGGAGGAUGGUGAGCUGCCUGUCAAUGACACACGAUCAAAUGCUAAUAACUAAUCAAUCAUACUUAAAGCAGGUGUUUGUGGAGUAAAAGCGGUACAAAAUAAUGGCUCUCAGCAGGUACAGGGAGGAAGAAGGGCAUGAACUAUCAGGUGUUUUCACAAAUGACUAAUGUACUCAUUUAUUGUAUUUAUAUUGUAUAUUUUUGUUAAUAUAAUUUAAUUGCGCGGGAGACUGAGUGUUAUUAUUGAGUAAAGGAGAAGAUGUAAGGUUAAAAAAAGCAUAAUGCUUCAUCCUACUCCUUUUUGGACAUGUUGGGUUCACAUUAUUAAUAUUAGUUUUUUUAUUUUAUUGUAUUUUUGUUUGUUUUCUUUUGGUGUUGCAUGCACAUGUUCGAAAAAAUAAAUAAAUAAUAAAAAAAGAAAUAUUACAAAUAUAAGGUGUGAAAUGUGCUCAAACGUGCUCACUCUUCGCAGGUUGCAGGUGGCGUCCAAAUUUAUGCCAGUGUCAAGUCUCAUUAUCGGUGAGUUAACUGUCGCCUAUAUGAAUAUCACUAUAAAAAGUCGUUCUUGUCCUGCUGAGGCUUUAAACUGUAGUUAUUUUGAUAGGUCUCGGUGGUCUACUGUAGGAAAUGUUUAGGUAAACUCUUUCUUCUUGUCAGGUGUUGACCUGGUGCCUAUAAAGCCCAUCCCCAACGUGGUGGCACUGCAAGAGGACAUCACCACAGAGAAAUGCCGACAGGUAAGUCAGCCACUUUGAAGUGGAAAAAUUGGCAAUCAAUAACCAACUGGUAGCCUCAUUAAUCAUAAUAACCCAGAAAUAGAGGGGUUCAAUUGGCUUAGAUGACCACACUGUUAAUAAAAAACAAUGGACUGGUAAAUUGGCUUUAUUUAAAUUAUUUCUUAAAGGCUGAAUUUGAGAAAACUAUUCAUGCCUUUAUUACUUCACGUAUAGAUAACUGCAACUCCUUAUAUGCAGGCUUGGACAAGUCAUCCGCGACCACAUAACUCCUAUUUUAGUGACCCUUCACUGGCUCCCAGUCCAAUUCCGCAUUGAUUUUAAAAUUCUUUUAAUUGUUUUUAAAGCCCUCAAUGGUCUUGCCCCCUCUUUACCUAUCAGAGCUCCUGUAUCAUCACUCCCCAGCCAGAGCCUUAAGGUCCUCUGGCCAGUUACUGUUGAGCGUCCCCAAAACCAAGUCUAGAGGUGACAGGGCCUUUCCAGCGGUUGCCCCUAGACUGUGGAACAGUUAACCUGUCCAUAUUACAGCCUCACAGACCUUAGAGUCUUUUUAAAUCAUCUUUAAAGACCCACUUUUUCUCCCUUGCUUUUAAUAAAUAAGCACGCAGGAAUCAGCGGCACUGUAGCUUUUAUUCUUCUACUGUCUGCAUUUUAUUCUACUGUUUUUUUACUAUUGUUAUCUACUUGUUUUCUUACUUCUUUUAUUUAUCCCAUGUACAGCACUUUGUUUGACUGCUGUCUUUUAAAGGUGCUUUAUAAAUAAACAUUGACUUGACUUUGUUUUAAUCAUGCUUUCCCUAGUCUUUGUUGGGCCAUUCAAAACACUUCUACAUUGCUUGUCACAUUCACCCAUUCACACCACAUUCAUACACUGAUACAAGAACCUGCUAUGUAGAGCGCUCAUCAGUAUCAACUUAUUGGAUUCACGUACAGCUGGCUCAACUGUGGGGCAUUUUGGGGUCAAGUGUCCUGCCCAAGAACACAAUAGCUUGUGGACAGCAGCACCAAGAGAGAACAAGAUAUUUAUAAAAAUGAAAAUUAACUUGACUGACUUAAUUUAUGUUCUGUUUCUUUGUUUUGCAGGCUUUACGAAAGGAGCUGCAGACAUGGAAGGUUGAUGUUGUAUUGAAUGAUGGAGCUCCAAAUGUGGGAGCCAACUGGCAACAUGAUGCCUUUUCACAAGGUAGGAGCCAGCAAAGCCAAAGAUUUGGGACAUCAGAGAAAAAUCACCAGUCAAUCAAAAUUUGUUAUAGCUUUUACAAACCAAUAUAUCACGUCACGUCUUUUGUUUUAACAAUUCCUCAAGUUCUCCCUUUAUUUAUCCUUCUCCUUAUUUAUCCUUCCUCAGCUCACUUGACCCUCAUGGCUCUGAAGUUGGCUUGUGAGUUUCUGACCAAAGGUGGCACUUUUGUCACCAAGGUUUUCCGCUCCAAAGACUACCAGCCGCUGCUCUGGAUUUUCCAGCAGUUCUUUAAGAAGGUGCAGGCUACCAAGCCACAGGCCUCCAGGAAUGAGUCUGCCGAGAUCUUCGUCAUUUGUCAGAGUCAGUAGGAGCUACACCUUCAGUUCAUGAUGAGAAGAAAAAUCAUUUUCAUUUCUCUGAUCUGGUGUCUUUCCCUUCUUAGGUUUUCUUGCUCCAGACAAAAUUGACAACAAGUUCUUUGACCCUAAACAUGCGUUCAAAGAGGUGGAGGUGCAGGCUAAGACUGUGAGGGAGCUGAUUCCUGUCAAGAAGCCAAAGGUAUGUGCAGUGGAUAGCAAUUUCAUGUCAAAUCUCAAGUGCAAUAAAAACAUCCAACUUUAAUCCCCCGCAAUGAAAAGAUUCGCUAUAUCCUUAACUCAAGGAUGUCAUGUUUAUAUUUGAGGACACAUUUGACUCCGGGUGUUGAAUCUACGACUGACCAAGCAGCUGCUUCUCUGUUUCAGGCGGAGGGAUACGCUGAUGGUGAUCUAACACUUUACUACAGUUUCACAGUGACUUCUUUUCUGAAAGCAGACAACCCUGUAGACUUCCUGGGCAAAGCAAGUGAGGUGAGCUGUCCUUUUAACUCUUUUCACUGACUGAUGUAGAAAGCACCCCCUCAAACAUAUUCUAUUUCAUUAAAAUCUUGCAGAUAUAGGUAAUAAUCUAACGAGAGAAUAUAUACAGAAAGGAUCAAGCUAAUGAAACCAUCCCUGCUCUGUUAUUCUUACUCUGUUUUGUUCACUCAGAUCACUUUUGACAAUCCAGAGCUGGAGUCUCACUCCUCCACCAGCGCUGAGAUUAAGGAGUGUUGUCGUGACAUCAAAGUCUUGGGACGCAAAGAGCUCCGGUAAAUCAUCUUACUGACGACCGCAGUUGAUCAGAUAUCCCUGUUGGUGUUGUCCUCUUUCAAGAAUAAUUUACUGAAGUGAUUCAUGCUCUUUUGAUGUCGUCUUUCCCUCUAGCUUGCUGCUGAGCUGGAGAUCCAAGUUGAGGAGGUUCCUGGCCAAAAAACUGAGGAUGGGAGCCAAACAGCUCGACCAGGAGAUCAAGUAAAUUCUUUAAAGCACAUCUAUAAAACAAAUGUGAAUCCAUGCCUGAUUUUGCCAUCGCAAAUCUAUCAAAAACAUCUGCUUUGCUUUGUUUUCAGCUUAAGCACUGAUGAAGAGGAGGGAAAUUCAGAGGAGGAACCAGAGGUUAAAAAAAAAGAGGGGGAGGAGGCAGAAGAGGAAGAUGAGGAGGAGGAAAUGGAGAGGAAACUGGCCGAACUAAAAGCUGAGGAGGUAGCUGAGCUCAAAAGGUAUGAAAUGAUCACAACUUUAUUUUGUGAUGAUGAUUUUAAAAUGUAACUUUUGCUACUUGGUGUUUAAGAAACUGUUAAACUUGAAUUUCCAGACAUGAUGAUGGCAUCAAUUCUUUCUUUUUUCAUACUCUAUAAUGAAGAUCUUGAUCACUUUUGCGUUGUUCUACUGCUUUGUAGUCUCUAAAUCAAAGUAUUACUACCUUGAGAAAUAAUCUACAAACCAGUUUUUGAAGUCUUGUUUUGCUGACUGAAGGUGGAGCUCUUUUUCCUCUCCAGUGAUCUCGUACCAUCUUGUCUGUAACUGCUGCUAAUGUAAAAAGAACAUGAAACACAGCUUGACAUUUUGACAGAAAACUGAGUAUUAAAAGCAGUGAUGCUUCCUCAGGAAGAAGAGGAAACUGCUGAAGGAGCGGCGCAAGCAGAGGGAGAGGGUGGAGCUGAAGAUGGACCUGCCAGGCGUCUCCAUCGCUGAUACGAAUGACUCGUCCAUGUUCUCCCUCGCUACCAUCAAAAAGCAGCAGGUGAGGACAGCACAGACAUGAAAACAUCGGCGAAGAGCAUGAUCAAUCUUUACAGAGAUGCAGCUGCUCAUGCUCUCUGGUACUCACUUUUCUCCAUCAGGUGCUGGUUGAUAUAUCAAAGGGGGACAUGCAGGCAGCAGACAACCUGGUUGAAGAAGACGACGACCUGCACCUGUCUGAAGAGGAAGAUGACCAUGAAGAUGAGAUAUCCUUGGCUUCUGACUUGGAUGAUGAAGACAUGGAAGAGGUGGAGCAGAGACAGAAAAAGCUGGAAGAGAAAGCACCAAAGAAGAAGUGAGUGGCCAGUUUCACUGUAAACAAAACUGUCAUGUUAAAUACAGUGAUUUCGUUUCUAAUCUAGGAGAAACCAAGACAUGUUCACUUCCUCAAUGAUAACCUUUUUUUUUCUGUUUCCCAGAGUGAGUUUCGCUGAGGAAGAAGAGAAUGAUGAUGGAGGGGAGGAAAGCGGCUUGCUGGUGGAACUCGAGGGAAAGGAUGAGAAGAAAGAGAGAGAAUCUAACCUGUGGUUCAGCAAGGUUUGCACACACUCUCCUGCAUAAUCUAUUUACGGUCAUAUAGACUGGCUUUGUCUAGUACUUGGUUAUCUGUCACCUCAGUAAGUUCACUGCUGCUCUCUCCUGUGGCCUCCAGCUACAUUAUGAUUUAUUUUGUGCCACUUUUAAUCUUCUUGUACAUUUUCGUCUGUAGGGCAUCUUCUCUGAGAUCGAUCUGGAAGGAGACGCAGAGAGUGAGCUCCAACAGUCUGAGUGGCUUCAGAGCAAAAAAAACGGUAAAAGUCUUCAGUCUUCUUUAAUGUCAGACCCUGUGCCACGCACCUCUGUUUACUGUUUGGUACAUCAGCUAACCUGCAAAAAGACUUGACACAAUCAGAACUUGAACAUGGUUAUUCACCUGUCCUGCAGGCUGCUUACGGGUUUUUGUGGCCCACAACACACUUGACAUUUAUAUUUCCUGUGUGAUGACACAACACACUUUCCAUGCUGCCUCUCCUGUUUCUGUUCGCUGUAACAGACACACAGUGUAGAACACACAGGAGCAAUCAGGGGAAAACAACCUCCUGUAAACAGAGUUGUAUAUUCUCUCAGAUAUUUGGUGCAUGUGGCGAUUCAUAAUAUUUAGCCAGACACAACAAAGGAUAAACUAUGCUUUCAAAGUUAAUGUUAAAUUUUAGAAAAUUAAUAUAGAUAACAAUUUAAUCCUAUUAUGAUAGAAAUCUAGUGGGUUAGUGAGCUGUUUGUACGUCCUUCACUAAUCUGUGUAGGUCUGUAUUACAGCAUCAUGACGCAUCUGGAUAAAGUCAGAUACUGAAUCAAUUUGUUGACAAGAUAGUUGUUAUCAAAUCGUCAGAUGUAUGACUCCAAUAAAAUGUGUAUAAAAUGUCGCUCUCUGAGACUGUUGUAUUAAUGUCAAUUUAAAUUUUGUUGGAAAAGGGAAAAAGAGAAAAGCUCAAGAUGUGGAAGAAGAGGAGCAGGAAGAGGUGCAGGUUCCUCCUCCUGUGGAGGAAAAGGUGGGACCAUCACAGGAAGUCAAAGAGGACAGUGACAGCGACUCAGACGACAGCAGUGAUGACGAGAAGUAAUAAUUAAUUUUCUGACUUUUGUUUUGUCCUGGUUUUUUGUUGACAUUUUUAAAAUCUGAUAUAAAUGCAAAUAAACAAAUGUUUUUUUUUCCUUCCAGAGAGAUCAGCAGGAUGAAACAGGCCAAGGGGAAAGGUGGGAUGUCAGGACAGGCAGAUGACGAUGACUUCCAGGUUGUUCCUGUAGAAAGUACUAGUGAGUAUCAGAAACAGAGUAUUUGUAUUUCUGUGGCUAUUUACAGAAAUAUUACCACUAGACAAACCAGACAUCUUUCAAACAUUUCUGAUCAUUUGAGUGAUAAACUUUGUUUUAAUCCCUACAAAAAAGCAAGUCUAGUGUUAUUUGUAUCAAAAAAGUUUUGCACUAAGUUACCAGAAUGUUAUUAUGCUCCUCCUAACAUAUUUAUACGUAUGCACUCUGGAGUUUAACUGUCUCUGUCCUCCUCAGGUAAGAAAGCUAGGAUCUUGGAUGCAGAGGGCCUGGCAAUGGGAGCUCAGAUUGCUACAUCUAAGAAGAAAACCAGAGACCUGAUCGACGGCUCAUUUCACAGGUGGGAAUGUUUGUGUGUGAUCUGCAUAUGAUUUGUUUUCUUGACCAGGCACCUGGGUGCUCUGUGCACAUGUAGUCACAUGAAUGAGCAACAUUACUUACUAAAUAAAUCAGUCAUCUAAAGAGAACAAUUCAAUUAAUAUAUUUCAAUUAUACAUAUUACAUAUAUUUAUAUUAGUAAUAAACUUAAUAUGAAGCUCAAACCUGUUAAAUGCCAUAGAAUUUACCUAAUGUGAUAUAUAUAUAUAUAUAUAUUUUUUUUUUUUUUGUCAUAUUAAAAUUAAAUAAUGUGUCUGAAAGACUUCUGCCUGUUGUGAUCAUAACUGCCUCAAUUCUUCGUGGCAUAGAUUCAACAAGGUGCUGGAAGCAUUCCUCAGAGAGCUUGGUCCAUAUUGACAUGAUGGCAUCACACAGUUGCCGCAGAUUUGUCGGCUGCACAUCCAUGAUGCGAAUCUCCCGUUCCACCACAUCCCAAAGAUGCUCUAUUGGAUUGAGAUCUGGUGACUGUGGAGGCCAUUUGAGUACAGUGAACUCAUUGUCAUGUUCAAGAAACCAGUCUGAGAUGAUUCCAGCUUUAUGACAUGGCGCAUUAUCCUGCUGAAAGUAGCCAUCAGAAGUUGGGUACAUUGUGGUCAUAAAGGGAUGGACAUGGUCAGCAACAAUACUCAGGUAGGCUGUGGCGUUGCAACGAUGCUCAAUUGGUACCAAGGGGCCCAAAGAGUGCCAAGAAAAUAUUCCCCACACCAUGACACCACCACCACCAGCCUGAACCGUUGAUACAAGGCAGUAUGGAUCCAUGCUUUCAUGUUGUUGACGCCAAAUUCUGACCCUACCAUCCGAAUGUCGCAGCAGAAAUCGAGACUCAUCAGACCAGGCAACGUUUUUCCAAUCUUCUAUUGUCCAAUUUCGAUGAGCUUGUGCAAAUUGUAGCCUCAGUUUCCUGUUCUUAGCUGAAAGGAGUGGCACCCGGUGUGGUCUUCUGCUGCUGUAGCCCAUCUGCCUCAAAGUUCGACGUACUGUGCAUUCAGAGAUGCUCUUCUGCCUACCUUGGUUGUAACGGGUGGUUAUUUGAGUCACUGUUGCCUUUCUAUCAGCUCGAACCAGUCUGGCCAUUCUCCUCUGACCUCUGGCAUCAACAAGGCAUUUCCGCCCACAGAACUGCCGCUCACUGGAUAUUUUUUCUUUUUCGGACCAUUCUCUGUAAACCCUAGAGAUGGUUGUGCGUGAAAAUCCCAGUAGAUCAGCAGUUUCUGAAAUACUCAGACCAGCCCUUCUGGCACCAACAACCAUGCCACGUUCAAAGUCACUCAAAUCACCUUUCUUCCCCAUACUGAUGCUCGGUUUGAACUGCAGGAGAUUGUCUUGACCAUGUCUACAUGCCUAAAUGCACUAAGUUGCCGCCAUGUGAUUGGCUGAUUAGAAAUUAAGUGUUAACGAGCAGUUGGACAGGUAUACCUAAUAAAGUGGCCGGUGAGUGUAUAUAUAUAUUUUUGUCAUAUUAAAAUUAAAUAAUGUGUCUGAAAGACUUCUGCCUGUUGUGAUCAUAACUGCUCACUAAAUAAAAAAUUGUGAUAACUGAUAACAAUAGGCAAUAUUUAUAUGCAUUCUUUUUUUACACCACAGUUAAAAGCAGUCAGAAGCAGGAGUCGAUUUUGGUAGUGCCUACUAAAAAAUUGGAGCUACUAAGAUAUUGGGAAUAUGUAUAUUUUCCUUCUGCAGUUUACAUGCAGCUCAUGUUUCAUGAAUGAGACCUGAUAUUUGCUUUUAAAAUUGGAAGAAUAUUUUUCAAACAUUGCCUUCUGCUUAUUUUUGUUGUUCCAUCAAUUCUCAAAAAGCUGACUUUGAAAUUUAAUAUGGUCAGUCACACUUUAAUGGUUGACCCCCCCAUCCUCAUGUGUUUGUGUACAGUAAGCUGACUGUGUGCUUCUGCAGGUUUGCCAGCUCUGAGGAGCAGUGGGAGGUACCUAACUGGUUCCUCGAUGACGAGCUUAAACACCGGAAGAAACCAGUGCCGCUCACCAGAGAGAUGGUGGAAGAGUACAAACAAAAAUGGAAGGAGAUCAAUGCCAGACCCAUCAAAAGAGUUGCCGAGGCCAAGGCCAGGAAGAAGAGGAGGGUAAGAUGAGAGGAAAAGUCAAAUAAAAACUUCAAGAUAACUGGAUAACUCGAUGUUUUGUCACCAUGGCAUCUGUGGUUCUGAAUUUGUGAUUUUCCUUUUGACUUUUCCAGAUGUUGAAAAAGAUGGAGCAGGCAAAGAAGAAAGCAGAGGCUGUCGUCAACACAGUGGACAUCUCAGAGAGGGAGAAGAUGGCUCAGCUGAAGAGGUAUGAAGGUUAUACCUGUGGGGUUGGAGCUCAAAACCUUAAAUCAUGACAGGAUGUAUUUCUUUACAUUUUAUAACCCCACCAAAAGACUAACUUAAUCAUUUUGUCUUGUUCUGUUCAGCAUCUACAAGAAAGCUGGUCUGGGGAAAGAGAAGAGAGAAGUUACCUAUGUUGUGUCCAAAAAGGGAGCUGGCAAGAAGGUUAGACGGCCGGCAGGUGUAAAAGGAGCUUUCAAAGUAGUGGACAGCCGCAUGAAGAAAGACAUGCGGGGAAUGCAGAGAAAAGAACAACGUGCCAAAGGGGGCAAAGGAAAGGGUGGAAAAGGUAAAGGAGCACAGUCAAAGGGCGGAAGAGGCGGGAUGAAGGGUGGAAAGGGCCGAAAAGGAAGAUAAACUUGGGCCUGCAAGUGCGUCACAGUCCUGCCUAUCAACUGUCCAAUGUUGCCUUGGCUCAUAUCCUUUAUGUGAGAGGUCUUGGAUCUUUGUGAGCAAAGAUGGCUUUCACAAUUUGAUCCUCUUAUAUGAGGCACGGUGAUGAAAAUGAACACAUGGACACGCCGUAUUAGCAACCUUUGCCAAGGUUCCUCAAACUCAUGGAGACUGAGGGUAUUGGAAUUCUGGUGGUUCAAGAACGUCUUUGUUAAGAUGUUGUAUACUUGCUCUGAACUUUGAGAACCAGAGUAGUUUCACAAACCAGAUUCAUGAAAAUAAAGUAACAAAUGUUUUCCAUAAGUUGGUAGUUAUGUAAAUAUUAUAAACAUGUUUGCAAUAAAUUUUUUGUUGAAAGAAAUCA